UAUAUUAACAACAACCUGCAACUCAUUCAUUCAUCUUCAGCUCGUUCAUAUUCUCCACAAACACAUAAAACCAGACACUUCAUACUACCUUGUUCUUACACAAAAAGAAAGUUUUAGCAUCAUCUACUUUGUAAUUGUUCAAGAGUGAAGAUGAGUUCUUCGAGCCGUGCUUGGACUUGGACCGUGGCUGCAAGUGUUGGAGUGGUGGAGGCCCUGAAGGACCAGGGCAUCUGCAGGUGGAACAGUGUGUUGAAAUCAGCACAGCAACAUGCUAAACAUAAUAUGAGGUCUUUGUCUCAUGCCAGGAAGCUUUCUUCUCAGUCCUCUAACAUGGCUUCUGCAAAAUUCAAAGAUGAGAAAGCUAAGCAGUCAGAGGAGUCUUUGAGAACUGUUAUGUACUUGAGUUGCUGGGGUCCCAACUAGACAGAGAUCCAUGCACACAUUUUAUGCAGUUCUCAAUUUCUCAUUUUUCAAGAAUGCUACAAUUGAAGAAAGAUGAGAAAUUGAAGAGCCAGAAGGCGCACCCAUCAGAGAAUAUGUCUCAACUCUCAACUAACGUGAGAAAUAUUCUGAAGCAUGCAUUUGGCUGCCUUGGAGAGGCGUGGAUUGAAACAUCAUUGGACUGAUGAAAUCUGAGACAGAAAUUGAUAUUCAUCUAUGGGAAUUUAAAAUGAGGACCAGGGUUAUGUACCAUAUAUGUUGAAUCAUUUGUAAGAUGUAAUUUAUAAGGCUGAACAAUUAUGGAGAAAUUGCUUUUUCCUGUGAAUUUUUCCACUGUUAUAUAUUCUUCGUAGUCAAAGAAUUUCAUACAAGACUUGGGCCAUUCAUUAAACAUCAAACUUUAGGAUUUCCCUGGUUUGAGGUGCUGCAAGAGUGUAUUGUGAUAUUUUUUAAGGUGUUAUUGUUACUCAA